AGCCAGUUCCUGCUGACCGUAACUCUCAGCGCCAUCAUGCUAGCCUCUGGGCUCCUGCUGGUGGCCCUGCUGGCCUGCCUGACCCUCAUGGUGCUGAUGUCCGUGUGGAGGCAGAGGAAGGUGGGGGGGAAGCUACCCCCGGGGCCCACCCCCUUGCCCUUCAUUGGCAACUACCUGCAGCUGAACACAGAGCAGAUGUAUGACUCCCUCAUGAAGCUCAGGGAUCGCUAUGGAUCGGUGUUCACCGUUUACCUGGGGACGAGGCGGGUGGUGAUACUGUGUGGACAAGACACCGUGAAGGAGGCUCUGGUGGACCAGGCAGAAGACUUCAGCGGGCGCGGAGAGCAGGCCACCUUCGACUGGCUCUUCAAGGGCUAUGGCGUGGCCUUCAGCAACGGCGAGCGCGCCAAGCAGCUGCGGCGCUUCUCCAUCACCACGCUGCGGGACUUCGGCGUGGGCAAGCGCGGCAUCGAGGAGCGCAUCCAGGAGGAGGCGGGCUUCCUCAUCGAGGGCCUGCGCGGCACCCGCGCCUCCUUCAUCGACCCCACCUUCUUCCUGAGCCGCACUGUCUCCAACGUCAUCAGCUCCAUCGUCUUCGGGGACCGCUUUGACUAUGAGGACAAAGAGUUUCUGUCCCUCCUGCGGAUGAUGCUGGGCAGCUUCCAGUUCACUGCCACGUCCACUGGCCAGCUCUACGAGAUGUUCUACCCAGUGAUGAAACAUCUCCCAGGCCCACAGCAACAGGCCUUUAAGGAUCUGCAGGGGCUGGAGGAUUUCAUGGCCAGGAAGGUGGAGCAGAACCAGCGCACCCUGGAUCCCAACGCCCCUCGGGACUUCAUCGACAGUUUCCUUAUCCGCAUGCGAGAGGAGCAGAAGAACCCCAACACUGAGUUCUACACGAAGAACCUGGUGCUGACCGCUCUGAACAUCUUCUUUGCUGGUACCGAGACGGUCAGCACAACCUUGCGCUACGGCUUCCUGCUGCUCAUGAAGCAUCCAGAUGUGGAGGCCAAGGUCCAUGAGGAGAUUGAUCGAGUGAUUGGCAAGAACCGUCAACCCAAGUUUGAGGAUCGGGCCAAAAUGCCCUACACAGAGGCCGUGAUCCAUGAGAUCCAAAGAUUCGGAGAUAUGAUCCCCAUGGGUUUGGCCCGCAGAGUCAUCAAGGACACCAAAUUUCGGGACUACCUAAUCCCCAAGGGCACUGAAGUCUUCCCCAUGCUGGGCUCCGUGCACAGAGACCCCAAGUUCUUCGCCAAACCACGAGAAUUCGACCCUCAGCACUUCCUAGAUGACAAGGGGCAGUUUAAGAAGAGUGAUGCCUUUGUGCCCUUCUCCAUUGGAAAGCGCUACUGUUUCGGAGAAGGCCUAGCUCGGAUGGAACUCUUUCUCUUCCUCACCAACAUCAUGCAGAACUUCCGCUUCAAGUCCCCGCAAGCUCCCCAAGACAUUGAUGUGUCCCCCAAACACGUGGGCUUCGCCACCAUCCCACCCACCUACACUAUGAGUUUCCAGCCACGCUAGGCAGGGGGCAAGGCCAAGCAGGGAGGGUGGGUCCGGGGACCGGGUAGUGGAGGUUGCAGGUGGAGAAAGGGAAAGUGGGAGAGUUGGGGGUUCAAGAGGAAGUCGGUGGGGGCUUGCAAGGAGAAAUAUGAAGGAGCAGACUCUGUCUCUUGAUCUUGCUCGAGGGUCUUGGGAAGAGAGAACAGGGAGGGAGUCUGGAGCGCAGCCGUGAAGACUUAACUACAAUGCGGGUUUUUGUUUCUGAACCUGAAUUCCCUAUUUGCCCCCCAUGCUGAAAUAGCAUUACAUGCUCUUACUGCUCAUGAACCUAGACGGUGUGGUACUCGUAUGCAUGCGCAUUCCCCAGCCCCAGAGUUGGGGCACAGAAAGUCUCAGGCCACAAGGGCCAGAACAAAUGGAAGCACCCCUGCAGAUAGUUCAAGGACACACUGGGAAUGAAAAUCAAUUAUUUCCUGUAUUAUUGAGCUUCCCAAAUAGCUCUGUCCAGUGCUUUUUUUUCCUGCCUUAAUUACAUGCUUUCCCUCUUC